AUGAGCGUUGCCAUUGGAUACGUGCCGGGCGCCUAUGGACAGGGAGGCGACGAUCCCAACUUCCUCCGCCGCCUGGUGGAACUGGGCGACAAGUACGGGUAUGACUCUAUCUGGCUUAGCGACCGCAUCGUCAGUGAUCGCUUCAGCCUCGAACCCAUGGUGGCCCUCUCCAUGGUGGCCGCCUGGUCCGACCGUAUGAAGUUCGGCACCAGCGUCCUGGCUCUGCCUCUCCGCAAUCCCGUUGUCCUGGCCAAGCAGAUAGCCACCCUCGACUUCCUCUCCCAGGGCCGUUGCUUCCCCGCCGUGGGUUUGGGUGGCGAGGAAAUCGAUGAGUACGAGGCCUGCGGCGUGCCCAAGGAUGACCGCAGCCCCCGCACCGACGAGGCCAUCCGCCUCAUGCGCCGCCUAUGGGAAGAGGACAACGUCACCCACGAGGGCCGGUUCUUUAACUGCCAUAACGUCAGCAUAACCCCCAAGACCUGCUUCAAGCCCUCGCCGCCGGUGUGGAUCGGCGGCCGCAGUCCCGCCGCCGCCCGCCGCGUUGGUCGUGUUGGUGAUGGCUGGCUGGUUUCCGGCGCCACCACCCAGGAGAUCAGCGACGGGCGCAACAUCGUCUUCGAGACGGCGGAAAAAUACGAGCGGGAGAUUGAGGAAGACCACAUCGGCAUGCUGCUGGGCUACUACAUCUGCCCUGACCGCGACAAGGCCAUUGCCCAGACCCACCAGUACGUAACCCGCCACCGGCCCGAGGUCGACUUCACCGAGUACAGCGCCCUGGGCGACGCGGACGAGGUAUGCGAGGUCAUCCAGCGCUACGUGGACGCCGGUGCCUCCAAGUUCGUGGUACGCCCCCUGUGUGCCGGCGAGGAGUCGGUGGAACAACUCGACAUCAUGGGACAGGAAAUCCUGCCCCGUUUCCACAAAUAG